AUGGGCCAGGAGCUGUGCGCCAAGACUCUACCCCCUGAGUGUAGCUGCUAUCUCUGCCCGGAGGGAGGAGAGGCACACAGCUGUCAGCAGACUCAGCCUGCGGCGAUGGAGACUGUGGUGGAGCUUACAGACCUAGAAGAAGCACCAGGCUGCAUGACUUCAUUUCACCCUGGGGGACGUCAGGCUGUCCGCGCCCGGAAGCAGAAGAGUCAAAGGCCACGCAGUCACAGCGAUGCUUUUCAAGAAGAGGGUCUGAGGCAGAGUUCUCAGUGGAGGAAGAGCCUCCCGUUUGGGGCAGCCUCCUCUUACUUGAACUUGGAGAAGCUGGGUGAAGGUUCUUACGCUACAGUUUACAAGGGCAUUAGCAGAAUCAAUGGCCAGUUAGUGGCUUUAAAAGUCAUCAGCAUGAACGCAGAGGAAGGAGUCCCAUUCACAGCUAUCCGGGAAGCUUCUCUCCUGAAAGGUUUGAAACAUGCCAAUAUUGUGCUCCUGCAUGACAUAAUCCACACCAAAGAGACACUGACGUUCGUUUUUGAAUACAUGCACACAGAUCUGGCCCAGUAUAUGUCUCAGCAUCCAGGAGGACUUCACCCUCACAAUGUCAGGCUUUUUAUGUUUCAACUUUUGCGGGGCCUGGCGUUCAUCCACCACCAACACGUCCUUCACAGGGACCUGAAGCCUCAGAACUUGCUCAUCAGUCACCUGGGAGAGCUCAAGCUGGCUGAUUUCGGUCUUGCUCGGGCCAAGUCCAUUCCCAGUCAGACUUACUCUUCAGAAGUGGUCACCCUCUGGUACCGCCCUCCGGAUGCCUUGCUGGGAGCCACUGAGUAUUCCUCCGAACUGGACGUAUGGGGAGCUGGCUGCAUCUUUAUUGAAAUGUUCCAGGGUCGGCCUUUGUUUCCUGGGGUUUCCAACAUCUGGGAGCAGCUGGAGAAGAUCUGGGAGGUGUUGGGAGUGCCUACGGAGGAUACUUGGCCUGGAAUCUCCAAACUACCUAACUACAAUCCAGAAUGGUUCCCGCUGCCUGCGCCUCCAAGCCUUCAGAGGGUCUGGAGCAGGUUGGGCGGGGUGCCUGAAGCUGAAGACUUGGCCUCUCGGAUGCUGAAGGGCUGUCCUCGAGCCCGGGUCUCCGCCCAGCAGGCCCUGGUUCACCACUACUUCAGCGCCCUGCCUUCGCAGCUCCGCCAGCUCGCCAAUGAGGAGUCUUUGUUUACGGUUUCAGGAGUGAGACUAAAGCCAGAAAUGUGUGACCUUUUGGCCUCCUACCGGAAAGGUCACCACCCAGCCCGGUUGAGCAAAUGCUGGUGAAGAGAAGGAGGGCGAGC